AUGCCGCUCGACGCCAGCCAGGUGUACUUUUGGACCGAUUCCACUAUUGUGUUGGCCUGGUUGAACAGGCCGGCAUGUGAUUGGACCACCUUUGUAGGGAAUCGAGUCGCCAAAAUCACUCGCUGUUGGCCCCGCGAACGAUGGAGCCACGUCCGAUCCGAGGACAACCCGGCCGACCUCGCCAGUCGAGGGCUCGGACCCACUGAACUGGUCGGCAAUGACAUGUGGUGGCAUGGCCCUGCGUGGCUGCGUGGUCCGCAGUCGGAGUGGCCUUGUCCACGAGGCUCAAUCCUUGAGACCGACUUGGAGAAACGAGCCGUCAAGGUUCACCACGCCACUGACACAGCCUCGGACAUUCUCAGCCGAUUUUCCGAAUUCGGACGCGCUCUGCGCGUGAUCGCCUACGUUCGGCGGUUCGGCCUGCGCGUCAGAGGGCAAGCAACGCCAGUCCACGUAUCCACAGAGCUAGACAAUAAAGAGGUCGCUGCAGCUCUCCAAGCUGUCACCAUCACGACCCAACGCUCCCAUUAUACGGCGGAGCAUCGCUGUCUUGUAAACAAGCAGCCACUUCCGACUACGAGCUCUCUUCAGAACCUCAAUCCGUUCCUGGACCAAAACGGAGUCAUGCGGGCAUGUGGCCGGGUCCGAGCCUCGGCAUCCAUGACCUACAAUGAGCGGCAUCCAAUCCUGUUGCCACCCGCAUGCCUCCUGGUUCGCCUGCUGGUUCGAUUCACCCAUCACGUAUCCCUACAUGGUGGGAACCAGCUGGUCAUCCGCCUUCUCCGGGCAACAUACUGGAUCCCUCGACUACGUCACGUCGUGAGGGCAGUAAUCCACUCCUGUAAGGUCUGCGUCAUCCAACGCAAGCGACUCCAAACCCAAUUAAUGGGCGACCUUCCUUCCUCACGAGUUACAUUUUCGCGGCCGUUCACAUACACCGGAGUCGACUUCGCCGGGCCGUUCGACGUGAAAAGUUUCACAGGACGCGCCUGUCGCAUCUCCAAGGGGUAUGUGUGCGUUUUCGUUUGUUUUACCACGAAGGCCAUCCAUUUGGAGGCUACGUCCGACUUGUCCACCGACACGUUCCUAGCCGCCUUCGCCCGGUUCGUCGCGAGACGAGGCUGUCCCCACGAAGUCCACUCCGACAACGGGAGGAAUUUUGUCGGCGCAUCCCGCUCUCUGGCUGUGGACCUUCUCGAGGCCCUCCGCACUCGGACCUCCGCGGUGUACAGCCAGCAGGGGCUCACGUGGCGAUUCAUCCCUCCAGGGGCCCCACAUAUGGGGGGCUUAUGGGAAGCGGGUGUGAAGAGCUUCAAGGCUCUUUUCCAACGGUCGAUGUGUACUUCCAAAUACACAUUAGAGGAGUUCGCGACCUUUCUCUCCAAGAUUGAGGCAUGCCUUAACUCGCGACCAAUCUCUCCUAUGUCUGAGGACCCAACUGAUCCGUUGGCCUUGAGCCCAGGCCAUUUCCUGAUUGGUGGUCCGCUACUAUCCCAUCCGACAAGAGACCUCGAGGUUGGAGACCUCGUGGUGAUCAAGGAGGAGAACAUCCCCGCUCAGGAAUGGCGUCUCGGCCGUGUGCAGAACGCGUAUCCUGGAGCCGAUGAUAAGGUCCGUGUGGUAGACCUACUCACGGCCCGCGGCCUUAUCAAGAGACCGAUCACGAAGGUGGUUCUGCUGCCUAUGGAAUCGGAUGUCCUGUCCACCUACUCGCGCGGAGGCUCCGAUUCAUAA